AUGACUGAUUAUAACUCCACCGCACGAGCACUCGCUCUGCCCGUCUCGCCUUCUUUACCUAAUAUAUCUCAUCAAGGCACUCAAGCAUCAUGGACUCGGUCGAGCCAGUCGCUUACGAGAAACAACCAGGCUCAUGGCCGACGGAGAUCAAGCUUCAUAGACAGGGCUCUGAAUAGCGCGGAAAAGUUGUGGCGCCGAUUGUUCAAGAUGGUAGAGGGGAUGACCGCUAUCCAGUUGGCGCUGUCUGUCAUUGCUGGCCUCGUCACGAUUACCCUUGCCAUAUUGUUCCUCGUCUUCAGCGAGAGCAUAUUUGCAUGGCUGGAGCCAGUGGCAGAAAAAUGGAAGAAUCUGAGAGGGGGUUGGCUGAUCCUUUGGGCAUUGACCUUUGCGACUGCGUUCCCUCCGGUAAUAGGCUAUUCGACCUGCCUGACGCUCGCUGGCUUCGUCUACGGCUUUCCAUGGGGCUGGCCAAUCGUCGCUUCUGCCACUAUAGUAGGAUCUACAUGCUCAUUCGUAGUCUCUCGAACGCUGCUCUCGAAUUUCGUCAAUCGGCUCGUAGCGAACGAUAAAAGAUACGAAGCACUGUCUCUCGUCCUGAAACACGACGGCCUGAAGCUUUUAGUGAUGAUCAGACUCUGUCCUCUCCCUUAUAGCAUCUCGAACGGAGCCAUAUCGACUUUUCCUACCGUGCAACCGCUUAUGUUCGCCGCCGCAACUGCCGCUGCGACGCCUAAGCUCCUAAUAGCAAUAUUUAUUGGAUCUCGACUUGCAGUCAUUGCAAAGAGUGGAGAGAAGAUGGACACGGCCACUAAAGCCAUCAACUGGGCAAGUAUCAUCUUUGGUGUCAUUCUUGGCGUUCUUACGGGUUGGAUCAUUUAUAAAAGGACACUUGCUCGAUCGCGGCAAAUUGAGGCUGAAGAAAGGUCUAAACUCCAGCAUCCAGCAACACACAGUGGAGAUGACUUCUCGGAUAAUCCAGAGGAAUCGACUGCUACCCUCAUUCGAGACGACCAAAUAGAUUUCCUAGGUCCCGACGGAGGCUCAGAGGGCUACCGAGACGACUUUGAUGAUAAUGUCUUCAGGUAUGGUGAUGACGAAGAAGAGGGAGCAAUCGUUCUCGACAAACAGCCGCCUCAACGUUAA